UGAAAUAAUUGGUAUUAGAAGUGCAAUGAAACCUUGAUUUAACAGACCUCAAUUUAAUUUUUGUUCUAUAGGAAAAAUUUAAACCUUUUUUAUUUGCAAAUAGAGCAUGCUGAAAGGUUAUAACAAUGACUUAAUGCAUAUGAAUUACUUAAUGUACCAUACAUCAUAACACAUUUUGCAGAUUUUAAGUUCAUUAUUAAUAUAAUUUAAAACAUUUGAUUUCAUGUGCUUUUACAAUAAUGGACACCCCUUUCCCUCAAUUAGUCUAUUAAAUUGAGGGUUUAUGAAUUAAAAUUAUUAUGAAAGCAUUCAAUUUCAUUAAUAUAUUUCUUUUCAUUACAGGUUAUGAAUGUCCAACUUUAGAAUCUGGAAAAUUAUAUUUAUAUGGCAUGAGAUUUUGUCCUUAUGUUAACAGAGUUAGAUUAGUUCUCUCAGCCAUGAACAUCGAGCAUGAGAUGAUAAAUAUUAAUUUAAAUAAUAAACCAGAAUGGUUUUUAGAGAAAAGUGCAUCAGGAAAAGUUCCACUUUUAGAACAAGAUGGAAAAUGUAUAUCUGAAUCACUUGACAUAAUAGAAUAUUUGAAUGAUAUGUAUCCAGAAAAUCAACUUUGUCCUUUUCCUGGCAGAGAGACAGACCAUGAGAAAGAACUGAUGAACAUUGCUGGAGAAUUAAUAUCGCCAUGUUUAAAAUAUCUAAAAGGAGUGAUAAGUACAAAUGAAUUUUGGAAUAUUGUUAAUGUUUUAUUAGACAAGUAUGAUUAUGAACUUAAUAACAGAAAAACAAAAUUUUUCGGAGUUAAGCACCUUUAAACACGGAUUUGUGGAUGUCAUUUAUGUCAAUUAAUGCGUCUUUUAUUAAUUAAUUUGAUUUAAAUUCAGUUGCGAUGUGUACUAGAAAAUGGAAAUAGUAUGUUACUCACAUGUACAUUGAAAUUGAAUUUGAAUAACUAUGUCAUUGAUGAUUUGUGUUGUGACCAAGGCUGCAGAGUCGGUAAAAAAACACCCGACUUCGACAAAAUUAAAUACCAAGCCAUUAUAUGAGGACAGAAACACUCAUAGCGAGGUAUACUAUUCUGAACAGAGCUUGGGCAUUUAGCCAAAUCCUUUUAUAGUUAGUAUUUUUAAUAUUUAACUUACAUUAAUAUUUAUUUGUAUAAAAAAAUUAAUUUUUAACAAAUAUUUAAUAAGAGGAGAAAUGUAAAUGUA